CCUUCCCCCCGCGGACUGGGCAGUGUGCGCGGGCCGGGCACCCAGGACCCGCGCCACAGGGACCCAGACUCGGAGCUGAGUGCGCGUUUGCAGUGACCGGAGUAGGGGGACAACACUGGAGCGAUGGGGCGGGAGGGGGGUGUGUGUCGUGACUCGGUUGGCCUCACUGACCUUCCGCUUCACAGGCUUUUUACUCUGCUUACCUUUGAGGCACGCAAAGUGAAGGGGAAAAAAAUAGAAAGUUAGGGAUGUUGUUCGAGUGUCUCCGAGUUGGCGCUUGGGUUGUGUUGGGAGCUGGGGUGUUUGUCUUUUUCUUCGCUUGUCUUUCUUUCUUCAUUCGGUGUCAGUUCUCCGCAGAGGGGAGGGGGCGAGGUGGGGAACCCAUGCAGGAGACUGACUGACGCCAGCAUUGUGAUCGCAAGGAGGAAAGCGGGAAAAACACUUCUAUGGAGGACUGAUCGCUGACGAGCCUUCCUGUUACUGUGCCUUCCUCCUCCCACCCUUGACAGUGGAAAUUUGAAAUGAUAGUUUAGAAAUACUCUGUUGACUUUUUUCUGGGCUAGAACUGGUACUCCUGAGAAAUAACCUACAAAUGGUGUAAACCUAGUUUUGGAAUAAAAUUGCAUGUGAAUUCUUUACUGAGUAAUUCACGAUCAGGUCCACACCCUCAGGAGAGUGUGGAUUGCUUUUUAAUGAAUCCAACUUACAAGUACCGUUUCAGUGCCUUGCCUGAUUUCUUGGAUGACCUUUUGGAAGUGUGGUCUAGCAGGAAUAAUAGAGGAUAACUUGAAAGUCCUGAGGCAUUUAUCAGUGCUACCUCCUUGGCCAUAACUGAACAGAGCCUUUGGGGUAUCCUUCUGGGUGAGUGAAAUGUUAAUACUACAGGCUUCUGUUCUGACUUAGGAUUCCUGUCAUUGUGAGGGAAGCCAUCAGAUGUUUACAUUUUUGAAAUAGUGAUCUAUAUUUAAAAAGGAAGUAAAAGUAAACCCCAUUCUCCUAACUCCAAAUAGACAAUUCAAUAAGUGAUUUUUCCUAUGCUUGUAGGAAACCAGGAACAAGAUUUUGGACUGCUUUCAAGUUUGUGGUUAUCCAAGAAGAACACUGCAGAUAAGACAAUGAUGCCUUGACGUACAAACACCUGGAUUACCAAGAAUGACCACUCAUUCCAGAACUCCAGUUCUCCGUUUUCAACCACUGGACAAAUAAUCUGGGAAGUGCACAUGUGCUCUUGGGCCACCCAGAAUCACACAUGAGAGCAUUAGAGUUUCUUUGGAGAAGGAAGGAAAAAUAGUAGGAUUAAAAUCACCAAUUGAAUCUUACAAGGAGUGGAAAUAAUCUUGAGUAACUGCUAACAGGAGUUGGAUUUAAACUGACAACUUAAAAAUAGAAGAGUUGGCCCAUCCAUUCCAGGGCUUAGGAGUAGGUCAACACGCUUCUCAGCUUGAGUCGGUCACAGUUACCAGCAGAGGAGAGUAAGACUUAUGACGUCCCUGGAGAGUCACCUGCUGCUUUCAUCCCCCAAGCCCUGCAGGCAGUGAAGGCCGUCUGUCCAGUUCCUGUCCGCAGUGGACGCCUGCAGCCCACCUCCUAUGCACUCCAGCACCCCCAUCAGCUCCCUCUUCUCCUUCACCAGCCCAGCAGUGAAGAGACUGCUAGGCUGGAAGCAAGGAGAUGAAGAGGAGAAGUGGGCGGAGAAGGCGGUAGACUCCUUAGUGAAGAAGCUGAAGAAGAAGAAGGGCGCCAUGGACGAGCUGGAGAGGGCCCUUAGCUGUCCGGGGCAGCCCAGCAAAUGUGUAACGAUCCCCCGGUCCUUGGACGGGCGGCUGCAGGUGUCCCACCGCAAGGGUCUGCCUCACGUUAUUUACUGCAGAGUGUGGCGCUGGCCAGACCUGCAGUCUCACCACGAGCUGAAGCCCCUGGAAUGCUGCGAGUUCCCAUUUGGCUCCAAGCAGAAAGAGGUGUGCAUUAACCCCUACCACUACCGCCGGGUGGAGACGCCAGUGCUGCCGCCUGUACUGGUGCCAAGACACAGCGAGUACAACCCCCAGCUCAGCCUCCUGGCCAAGUUCCGCAGCGCCUCCCUCCACAGUGAGCCACUCAUGCCACACAACGCCACCUACCCGGACUCUUUCCAGCAGCAUCCGUGUUCUGCAUUCCCCUCCUCGCCAGGGCAAGCGUUCUCUCAGUCCCCAUGCACGGCCAGCUAUCCUCACUCCCCAGGAAGCCUUUCUGAGCCAGAGAGCCCCUAUCAACACUCAGUUGACACACCACCCCCGCCUUAUCAUGCCACAGAAGCCACAGGGACCCAGAAUGGCCGACCUGUAGAUGCCACGGCUGAUAGUCAUUUAGUACUAUCAAUGCCUAAUGGAGACUUCCGGCCAGUGUGCUAUGAGGAGCCGCAGCACUGGUGCUCAGUUGCCUACUACGAACUCAACAACCGAGUGGGGGAGACGUUUCAGGCCUCUGCCCGGAGCGUGCUCAUAGACGGAUUCACAGACCCUUCCAACAGCAGGAACAGAUUCUGCCUCGGACUUCUCUCUAACGUAAACAGAAACUCAACAAUAGAAAAUACGAGGAGACACAUAGGAAAGGGUGUGCAUUUAUAUUACGUCGGGGGAGAGGUCUAUGCUGAGUGUGUGAGUGACAGCAGCAUCUUUGUACAGAGCCGGAACUGCAACUAUCAGCAUGGCUUCCACCCAGCCACGGUCUGCAAGAUCCCCAGUGGUUGCAGCCUCAAGAUCUUCAACAACCAGCUCUUUGCUCAGCUGCUCGCUCAAUCGGUUCACCAUGGAUUUGAAGUCGUCUACGAGUUAACCAAGAUGUGCACCGUCCGCAUGAGUUUUGUUAAGGGCUGGGGAGCUGAGUAUCAUCGCCAGGAUGUCACGAGCACCCCCUGCUGGAUUGAGAUCCAUCUUCACGGGCCACUGCAGUGGUUGGAUAAAGUUCUGACUCAGAUGGGCUCUCCACAUAACCCGAUUUCCUCAGUGUCUUAAUAGUCAUGUCUUAAUCCACAUUCUAUGGAAUAGAUGCUAUUGCAGGCAGUGGCUUAUAUCAUUUCAGAUUUGCAACUAACUAAAGUGUCUAAGUACAUGUGUUCAUGCAAAUAGUAUAUACUCUUCAUCUAUUUUAUCACCAUUUGGUUUGUGCUUUCGAGUUAACCUGAUGUCAGUACAGUGCAGUUAGAAAAGCAGGUUUUUUGUGCCUAUGAUAUAAGAGGCAGCUUCUUCUGUGAGAAGAUACAAACAAAAGGCAACUGUAUCAAUAGUAUUUGAAAGGUGUCAGCAGAAUAAAAGGCAGCCAUGUCAUUUAUUUAGCCAUGUCAUUAUAAGGCAUGUUGUUUGGCGUACCAGAAAAAUAUUAAAACUGCUUAUAUAGCUAAAAUCAGGUACUAGCAGCACUAUAGCAAUCAAACUCACAUAAUUUAAGUGAUCUCACUGUUAGUGCUAUUGGCAAUAAAAAAAUUAAGCUUAUACAAUUAUGUAAGAUAAGCUACGUAAACUUUGUUAUUUCUAAAAUUGAAAUAACUAUAGCUGGACUAUUGUGCUCAUAUCAAUGGCACCAUUUAAACUGUGAUUGGAAAAGAAAGAAACUGUGAAGCCGAAGUCAUGUUGCCUCAUAAUCUACCACUGUAAACAAAAUAAUAAGUGUAAUAUGGCAAGAUAAAUAUGAAAAUACCAUGAAAUGAGCUAUAUUCCUAAAUUGCAAAGUAAGAUGAGAACUUAGUCCCAGAAUCACCCAGGGAGAUUCCCGCUUUCCACACUGGAAAUCAGGCUCCUGUUUCCUGGUUAUCAAAGUAGGUGGCCCUGUGACUUUUCAGUCUGCACAGCGACCUCUGAGACCACAUGUGAAAGUCCUGUGUGGAGAAGAAGUCAGUAAAAUAAGAGAGUUGGACAAAAGCAUGAUAUGUUUACUUAUACUUUCUCACAUUCCCACAUUAAAAAACUCUAGGUGAGGGCCUUCCUUUUGCCAUAGUUUCCUCACCUGUUGGCAAAUAUCAACUAUUUAUAGGUCACGAGAAUAAUAGUGAAGACUUAAGAAAAUCAAGACACAUUGCUGGGAUCAAAUUUAUGAAUUAUUUAACUUAGUGUUUCUAUUGAAUAAAUUACCUACUGGUCAGACCUCGUAGCCUCUUAUAAAGCUAACUUCCCAAGUAAAGUGAUAAUAAUUUCAUAAUCUCUAUAAUCUCUGGAGAACAAUGGGACUGAAUAAUAGGACAUUUAAAAAUAUACAGUAUUAAAAACUUGUUCUUAUUUAUUCUUAGAUGAUAGAGGAAAAUCCUCCAAAUUUCUAAGUCCUCUCAUACACAUAUAUAUAAUUCCCACCCACUAAACACUGCAUUGCUUGGAAAAAUAUUUCACACCCUCUUAAAAGUGUAUAAUUUAAGAAGGUAAUUAUGCUUGUAAUAGAUGGUACUUCAGCAAUUCAAGGUUUCUUCAUUUAUACAUUUUAUGUCAACUCUUUCUAGCAUUAUUGCACACAGUAGUUGUUUCUUGUUCAAUUGUAUUCAGGGUAGAAAUGAUCAUGUGAAAAAGAUAUGAGUGAGCUACUACUGUCACCUCUUGUGAUGACUAGUGUUAUCUAAUAGAAACUUUCAUAUAUACAAUAGAAAGUAAAUAUUACAUUUUACAUGAAAACUAAGUGGCCCAUUUAGUGUUUAGAAAACCCCCUAGUUUAUGAGUUCAUCGGCUAUGUUUUGUGCACCUGUUUGCGCCAGGUACAGCGUUAGGUACUGUGGAAUCAGAUGUAAGCCAGAGGCAGUCCCAGACCUCUGGAGCUCAGUCUGAUAGUAAAUCUGUGCAGAUAUCUUCACGUUUCUGAACUUGUAAAACAAAACAAAACAUAUGAGCUUUCUUUAGCUUGAGAAAAAUGUAAUCGAUUUAAUUAUCUCUAUUUUGAGACUUCUCUCUUCUGAGCAAUCAGGUAAUGGAUGAAGUCUUUCUUGGAUAAAUGCCACUUUCUUUCAUCCGUCAAAAUUGUUUUUCUUUCUCUCCUUGCUUCUAUUUCCAGUAAUUCUCCAUCUCCCCCUUUUUGGGAAAAAGCAUUCACAUGAUGAGUCUUCCUCAUCUGAGUAUCGUUCCUCGAGAGAGCAGCAAGCACACGUGGUUUUUGCUCCAGAAGAUCAAACAUAGCUUUCUUGAUCAAAAUCUUACAUCUUCACAGAAUUAUCAGAACUGGUUGUUUAUAAAUGACAUUUUGAAAAAUUGGAUUUUUAUACAGCUUUGAGAAACCAGGACAAACUAUUCCAGUGCACCUGAAUUAUUUCUUUGAAAAAUAAAUGAUUAAAGUGGUACAUAUGCAUCAUCAUCAGUCAUGUCUCACCAAAUGCCUGUAUUAUUAGGAUAUGUGUGAAAUUCAGGGGUUUUCUAAUGGAUGUGAAGUUAACCCUUCAGUCAUUGUAACAUAGUCACAUUUUAAUCAGCCUUUUAAAAUUUUUGCUGGUAGAGUUGUCAAAAGUUGAAAUGCAGUAUUUGAUUUUAGACUUCUAAAUGUGCUCAUUCACAUUCAUUCCUUGAGGUGGACAAUCCGAAAAAAAUGUAAUAGCAUUCUUUUAUAGGAUAACUAGCAAACGGGACGUGCUAAGCUAUUAAAUGAGUCAGUGGUGCCAUACGUGUCUAAGGUUGCCAUGGACAAGAGUCGUGCAAUAAAGAAGAUAACAUUUUGUCCUGAUCACAAGAUCCAGGACAUUUAUCUUGUUGUUCAAGCCUUUUUGGUUUUUUUCUUGAUAAAAAAUUGAGAUUUGAAAAGUUUUAGUUAGAUAUUUUAAUACCUGCCAGUGCUUUGGAACUAUAGAGUUGUCAUUGUUUUUUUUUUGUUUGUUUUGUUUUUUUGUUUUUUUUUUUACACUCAGUAUAAAUCAGGAAAGGUAGAGAUACAACCUAGCAUUCAGAAUCCUUUUUUCAUUGACUUCAAAGGAACUGAAUACCCCAUAACAACAACACGAAUGUUUUCUAAAUAGAGUUUGCUAGACUUCAAGCACCUGCUUAACUUCAGUGUGUCCUGAAUAUUCGGUGUGUAUAUUCAGUAAAUAAAGCUAAAUAUAACAUGCAUUCCAAAAUUUGUCUUUCCCUGUUAUGAUUUAACAGCUGAACUGUAUGACAAGAUUUGGUGAUCCUGGUGUAUGUUGAGGAUAAGUUCAAAUUAAUGUAAAACAAAACAAAGGAAACUAUUCCUGUUGAAGUAAUGCUUUUGAUUGUAAUAUCUAGGCUUCAACUGUCCUUCAAAUGUGCACUUACACUGUUAUCUGAAUGUUUAUAAUAAAGAAUAUUGUACCUAUA